AUGUCUACCGGAAAAUUGACCAUCCAGGAGGCCAUCAGUGUACCGUCGCCGAUCCUCGGCCGGAAACACUCCACAGAUAUUGAAACAUUACCGACAACGGCUUCCAGAUCUGAAAGUCGACAUGAAGAUUCAUCCUCUUCUCUUCGGAUCUGUUUUCCCUUCGAUUUGAAGAUGCUAGAGUCGGAUCUACCUCCUCCCAUGGAGGUUUUAGAUCUGAACAAGUUGUUAAGGUUUGCAGAUCCAACAAUGGCACAUUUCUCUUUCUCUCUCUAUCGUUUGGGUUACAGAUGA